AACGAUUGCAAACGUCACUGGCACUUGACAGGGGAGUUGCGUUUUUCUACGUGAAUUUCAUGGAAAAAUUUUUGAUUUGAUUGAUUUUUCAUCAAUUCUGCGUGCUUAUGUGUGGAAAAUGUAUCCCCCGUGGAGCAUUUAGUGAGGCACCACUGUGAUUAUUAACCAAUAGAGGCUGUGGGAGUAACGAAAAGUGAACGAGUUGCUUCCAGAUGACAAAGUUUCUAUUUGGUGCAAGGGAAAGGCGAUUUUUUGCAUAAAAACAAAACGAUAAGUUAUCCUGUGGUGGUUGUUUUUUGAAAGAUUAAUCAUGGUGAAAUUGCAUGCACUAAGUAUUUUCCACAAAGGACCACAUGAGGCCAGAUUGCUGAAAGCUGCCUUCGAUUUGCAGAGUUUUUCUUUCUUCCAGCGUGGUUCUGUGCAGGAGUUCAUGAGCUUUGCCAGUAAGACCAUCGUGGAGAGGACACAGCUUGCUUCUAGGCAAUCCGUGAAGCAGGAUGUAUACAUGUGCCAUGUGUACGUGAGAGCGGACAAUUUGGCGGCUGUUCUCAUUGCCGAUCACGAGUAUCCUGGUCGUGUGGCUCAUACGCUUAUCACGAAAGUCAUGGACGAUUUUGCGGCUAAGGUGUCGCCAGAUCAGUGGCCUACGGGGUCAGAUGCCACCAUAAAUUUCAACCAGUUGCCCGCUCUUCUGGCCAAGUACCAGAAUCCCCGAGAGGCUGAUGCACUGACCAAAAUCCAAGGAGAUCUGGACGAAACCAAAAUUAUUUUGCGAAAUACAAUUGAGGCAGUUUUGGAACGUGGCGAAAAGUUAGAUGAUUUGGUGGUAAAGUCCGAACAGUUAUCGGUGCAGAGUAAGGCAUUCUACAAAACAGCGAAAAAGACAAACUCCUGCUGCAAUUUCAGCUAAGAUGUGGCAUUUUGGGGUGCGUCUAAUUGUUAAACAUUCUCUUGAUAAAUUAAAAUGUUCAACCAAAAAGUUACUAUCAGCAUCUUGUUGGCUCUAUGUGAAAAUGUCUCUGUGUCUCAUUGUUUCUGCCUCUACUGCAGCGUUAUUUUUUUUUAUUUCAAUUUUUUUUCAUGAAAAAUUGCAUUUUUUGCAAUUCAGGAAACACACAAAAAAAAACAGACACACUGAGCAAACGAAGACUGAACUCUCAAUUAGGACGACACUAAGAACAAGAGGAAUAAUAUUGCAACAAGAGCUUGUUUACUAGUUACAAUUGCCUUUUUUUCAACACGAAAACAUUUAUAUACUCAUUUCUCUAGUUAUUCUUGAAAAUUGCUAUCGUUAUAAGUUUUCUUUUGCAUAAAAUGGGUGAAUUUUACUUUCCUAGUUUCCAGGAAUUUCAUUUUUUCACAAAUAAAAAACCCCAAAAGUAAAUAUAGAAUUUAUUUAUAUUUUUUUGGAAGGAAGAAAAAAAAUUGAGAACAUAUACAUAUUGAUGCAUUGUUGACCUUUUAUUGUAUAUUUGAGGAGGUGAAAAAUUCUUAAAUAUUUUUGAUCCUAACACAAUAUCUAUUAUGUGGAAAGGCAGUAUAAUUGUAUGAUAAAUAUAUUACUUAAUGUCUAUUGCAUAUAUAUUAAUCCAAAAUUGUAAAGAUGUAUUGAAAAGUAAGCAUUUUUUUUUUAAUAAAAAUGUAACGAAAAUGAAAA